AUGCAAACAUCAACUGUUCAACCAGUGUUUAAAUUAGAAUUAAACCACAAAGUAACACCAAGUGUUGUAACAAUAGCAAAAUACGAUGGUACACAUCCUUGUUUGACUGCGUCAGCUGGAUAUGAUAAAAUUAUAAUUCAUCACCCAUAUGGAGAGAUAGCGAGCGGCCGGGCCCAGCGUUCUCAUGCGCAUGGAGAAGUAUCGGAACUGAAUGUAAGCCAAGCAGUAAUAGCACUAGCAGCCGGCCCCCUGAAACCUGACUCCCCGAGAGAUAUAUUACUGAUUGGAUCACCUUCUCAGAUACUCGCAUACGAUGUUCACGAUAACUCGGACCUCUUCUUCAAAGAAGCACCGGACGGCGUAAACAUACUGAUCACAGGCAUCUUUGGCAAAUACCAUGAGAUGCUCGCUAUUGUUGGCGGCAACAGUUCCGUACAGGGGCUCAAUUGGGAAGGAAAUGAGGUGUUCUGGAACGUUGUCAGUGGAAAAGUGUGUUCCAUGAUCACCUUUGAUUUUGACAAAGAUGGUGAAAAUGAGUUACUUAUUGGAUGUGAUGACUCUUAUAUAAGAGUAUUGAAGAAUAAUCAGUUCAUAAUAGAACUCGCCGAAACUGGACCUGUGACUUGUCUUUCCCCGAUCUCUGAAGUUAGAUUUGCGUACGGCUUAGCAAAUGGUACCAUUGGAAUAUAUGAAGAAGGCUUACGUCUGUGGAGGGUUAAGUCAAAGCAGAAUGCGAUCGCUUUGCAAUCGUCGGGCGAGUCGCUAGCGUGCGCGUGGGCAAACGGACGGUUGGACUGGCGAGACAGUAGCUCCGGCCGGGUGCUCCGUCGUGUGCAGAUGCGCGCCGGCGCCGCCGCCAUGAUGCUCGCAGACUACCGCUCCAUUGGAUCACCAGAUCUCAUAUGCGUGUCGGAUAGAGGCGAAGUUUUGGGAUAUCCCCCAUACCAUGAAAAUGUCGGUUUUAACGCGACAUCAAUGAAGCUUCCGUCCGAAGAGGACCGUUUAGCGAUCACCGAACUAUUGAACAAGAAACAGGCGCUUAUGGUUGAGCUGCAGCAUUACGAGGCAAACGCCGCUAAUGCGGGUCUAGAUCCAGACGAACGACCCGCCACGGGCAUGCCAACGAACACUCGAUUACAAGUUGCAGUCAGUCCCGACGAAGACAAGGGGUGUUUAAAUCUCGCAAUAUCGACCAAUAACGAAACUAUAGUGCGCGCUGCCCUAGUGUUAGCUGAAGGAAUAUUUGACACUGGAGAAACUCUAGCUCGACACCCACCGCUACACCUGCUGCGCUCAAUACUGCAUGCGCCUUUGAAGCCACCUCGAGAUGUUCCCGUCGAUGUGCACAUUAAGGCACUGGUCGGUUAUGUCGACAGUGAACAAUACCAUAUAUUCGAGCUGACGAAACAUCUACCCAGGUUUUCUAUGUACACUUUGGCGCCUUCCACUUUAGUAAAGAAUAAAACAGACAGUUAUGUUACAUUUCGCAUUAUGGAAAGGAUACAAAGAAUAUGUAUAUGGAUCAAUCAAAAUUUUCUAUUGGAGCAAGAGGUAGAAAUAGAAAAUGAAAACACAAAAGACCUUUUCAUUAGUUUCCUGUGUCUAAGAGACAGGUCCCAUUUGGACAUGAGUUUUGCAGCGGAUGGAAUUGUCAAGUUUACAACUUCUGAUAUUGGAUUAGCUGGUGAUCUGAUACAAAGUUUAGCGACUUACUUGAAUUUGUCCGAUUUACAGAGAGAUCAUGAUAAUCGAAUACAAGAUUCCCCAUCUCUGCUUGACGAUUCAAAAGCAACCUUACAAAUCUCUCAACCCAACUUAAAUGAUCACAACGAUGCCAUGUCUCCUUUUGAAAUACCUCAUGUUACAUCACACAACGCAACACUUUCGCCUGCCAUUCCACAGCUCGACCUAGAUUUCGAAAACCUAGACUCCACAAUUGACGAUAUCUCUUAUAUUGAUUUGCAUAAUGUAACACCACCGGCUGCAAAUGAAACUAAGUCCAAUGUCAAUUAUUACAAUCCUAUUCCCUCAACAUCUGGAAUAUUAUCUCCAGUCAAAACCCAUAUUGAAAAUAUUGAAAAAGUUACUGUGAAGGAUCUUCUUCCUUUGCCAAAAAAAUGCGAACAGAAAAAUAUAAAAGCGAUGCGGAAUCAACAUGUUACGGUAAUAAUAGGAACUCCGAAUAAAAUAGUCUUAUUUGAGAAAGAGCAAAAAAGUUAG